AUGAUCGAUGGCCUGCGCAAACUCCGAGUUAUGUCGACGCCGACGCCGACGCCUGCGGGUAUGGGGACAGCGGCUGGGACCGCUAUUGCGCCUAACAAGAACUCUCCACACCUCCACUCUGUUGCCAGCAGUCUGCGCUCGUGUCUUGACGGGAUGCUACCGGACAACCUGCGCAACGACAGCGCCGCCUUCCAGCAGCAUUUGACGCAGCAGAAGACGCGGCUGCAGACGGAGAAGAAUUCGUGGCGCUUUGGCCUCAAUUACCUCUUCGAGACCCUCAAACAGCACAAGGAUUGGUACGCGCGAAACCAGCAGUUCGUGCAGCUACGAAAAGACGUCAAGCGAUUCGAGGCCCAUGUGGCUACUGUGAGGACAAUUCUGUCCGAGAGUGUGAGUAAACUGGACCUGGAAGCGGGACUACGAGGCGCCGAGCUCGAGGGCCGCGUGGGCGCGUACAAGAUCAUGUUUGAGGUCACCAAGAUCGUGUCCAACCUCAGUCGCCCACUAGUCAAGCUGCAGAUCCUAAAGCCCAAUGAGUCUUCGCUCUCGGUUUACUGCGACACUUUCGUGCUGGACAUUGUGCUGUCGGGAGGGGAGGGUGCAGUGGAGUCGGCGUCGCUGACGACGGUGGAGAAAGAUCAGACUAGUCAGUUCCCAGACCGAGACGAAGAUUUGCUGGCGUCUCUUAAGCUGCUGGCAAAUGGAGACAGCACCAACUUUACGGAAAAACUUCACCGACUGAUCAACCGUGCCGAGCUGGCCGUCAAGUUCCCAGAGAUGAACUUUGAACAGCUUGAGAUGGAGCUUUACACCAAGGUCACAGAGGCGUGCAGUCAACAGAAAUACUGGUCGGCAAAGCGCGCAGUGGAAGGAGUUCGAGUCAUGUUCAAGGACCCGAAUGCUUGCAUCCCCGUGAUUGAACCGCCUCGAAAGCGUGUAAAGCUUGAUGAAGCGCAAGCCUCUGCUACAUCUGCAGCUGGUGCCUCGGGGGCUACUACAGGCGCUACAGACUCAGUCGCCAUGGAUGGAAGCAACGACGACCACGAUGACCCGAGCAAAACCUCGUCGACCGAUGUUCUGUCUCCGCUGGCUAAUGGCGAAUGGACUGGCAGUAUUAGUUUCAUUGAAUGGCGAGAUCAAGUGGCGCUGCACGUCGUUGGGGAGGCUCCUCUCGUCAUGGUCGGUCAACAGGCUCGCAAGUUGGCGCUUGUAGCCAUGCAAAAGCACGCGAAGACGGCUGCGACAGCGCAGAAAGAUGUGCAUGAAGACGAGAAGCUCUUUAACGAGUUUGUGAGCUGGACGACGCCGGACGGGAAGAAGCCGAUUCUCCCUCGACUGCAUUUCGCUCGGGACCGCAGCAUAUGCUCCGUGUUUCCGUCUCGGUCUUCUCUAGCGAUGCGCCAGGAGUACACGCUGACAACGAAAGAGAUUUCUGGAGGUCUUAAGCUGCACUCGUUCCCCAUUCCGCUGAUGAACGCUUCGAUGGAGACGCUGACAAACGUUCUUCAAGUCUGCGGGAGAAGUUUGUUCUUCCACGCGUUGCUGCUGUCUGCUUUCUGCUCACGAAGUAACACGUUUGGUCAACGUAUUGCUGCGGAUAAUGACGAAGCUGUCAAUGCUCGCAUCAAGGUAGAUGUAGCGGCAGCAGAGCGCAUUACCAUGAACACGGGGGACCUUUUGGGCGCCGACAAGCAAGUGCUGAUCGAGGUGAACACUAAACCGGAUUGUUCGCUGGAACUUAGCGUCAAAUACCAGACCGAGGCAACUCCCUCGCUCCCUCUGGAAAACGCGGCUACACUGCAGAAGCUGGCGAGUGUUUGCCACUCGAUCCCUCUGCUGACGUACUAUGCGUUGAAGCGUACUGUGCAAGCGAAGAACGGCCCGUCGUCUGCUGUCGCAGCAGGUGCUAAUGGCGAAGACUGCAAUGGCAUCGCGGCUCUAGACGGCGAUCUGUCGGUCUCGAUGAAGAUGGAAGGAGAAGGAAUGCUGCUGGACGAGAUGGAUAUGUUCUAG